AGCCACCAAAAAAAUCUAGCCAACAUGUCCACCGACGACGUUUACGAGGGUGCCAUCGGUAUCGACCUCGGCACCACCUACUCCUGUGUCGGUGUCUGGGCCAACGACCGCGUUGAGAUCAUCGCGAACGACCAGGGCAACCGCACCACCCCCUCGUAUGUCGCCUUCACUGAGGGCGAGCGUCUCAUCGGUGACGCUGCCAAGAACCAGAGCGCCAUGAACCCUCGCAACACCGUCUUCGACGCGAAGCGCCUCAUCGGCCGUCGCUUCGACGACUCGGACGUUAAGAAGGACAUGAAGCACUGGCCUUUCACCGUCAUUGACAAGGACGGCUCCCCUUACGUCGAGGUCGAGUACCUCGGUGAGAAGAAGACCUUCUCGCCCCAGGAGAUCUCCGCCAUGGUCCUUACCAAGAUGAAGGAGAUUGCCGAGGCCAAGAUUGGCAAGACCGUUAAGAAGGCUGUCAUCACUGUCCCCGCCUACUUCAACGACUCGCAGCGUCUCGCUACCAAGGACGCUGGUGCCAUUGCCGGCCUUGACGUUCUCCGUAUCAUCAACGAGCCCACUGCUGCUGCCAUUGCCUACGGCCUCGACCAGAAGACCAAGGAGGAGAAGAACGUUCUCAUCUUCGACCUUGGUGGUGGUACUUUCGAUGUCUCGCUCCUCUCGAUCACCGGUGGUGUCUUCGCCGUCAAGGCCACCGCUGGUGACACCCACCUGGGUGGCGAGGACUUCGACCAGACCCUCCUUGACCACUUCAAGACCGAGUUCAAGCGCAAGAACAAGCUUGACAUCUCGGACGACCCCCGUGCUCUCCGCCGUCUCCGUUCGGCCUGUGAGCGUGCCAAGCGCACCCUCUCGUCGGUCACCCAGACCACCGUCGAGGUUGACUCGCUUUACCAGGGCGUCGACUUCUCGUCGAACAUCACCCGUGCCCGUUUCGAGGAGAUCAACGCCGUUGCGUUCAAGUCUACCCUCGAGCCCGUUGAGAAGGUCCUCAAGGACUCGAAGAUCCCCGCUGCCAAGGUCGACGACAUCGUCCUUGUUGGUGGCUCCACUCGUAUCCCGAAGAUCCAGUCGCUUGUCUCGGAGCACUUCGACGGCCGCCAGCUGAACAAGUCGAUCAACCCCGACGAGGCCGUUGCCUACGGUGCCGCCGUCCAGGGUGCCGUCCUCACCAACCAGACCUCGGACAAGACCGCCGACCUCCUCCUCCUUGACGUCGCUCCUCUUUCGCUCGGUGUCGCCAUGCAGGGUGACGUCUUCGGUGUCGUUCUCCCCCGCAACACCCCUAUCCCCGCCAACAAGUCGCGUGUCUUCACCACCGUUGAGGACAACCAGACCACUGUUACCUUCCCCGUCUUCGAGGGUGAGCGCCUUGCCUGCAAGGACAACCGUUUGCUCGGCGAGUUCGAGCUUUCGGGCAUUCCCCCCAUGCCCCGUGGCCAGGCCGAGCUUCUCUGCACCUUUGAGGUUGACGCCAACGGUCUCCUCAAGGUCUCCGCUCAGGACAAGACCUCGGGCCGCAAGGCUCAGAUCACCAUCCAGAACUCGGUUGGCCGUCUCUCGUCGGAGGAGAUCUCGCAGAUGAUCAAGGACGCCGAGAUGUCCAAGGCCGCUGACCGCGACUUCGCCGCCCGCCACGAGGCCAAGUCGGAGCUCGAGUCGUACAUCCACGUCGUUGAGCAGCAGAUCACCUCGCCCGAGCUUGCUUCUAAGCUCAAGCGUGGUGCUAAGGGCGCCAUCGAGUCGGAGCUCGGCAAGGCGAUGGAGGUCCUCGAGGAGGAGAGCGCUACGACUGAGCAGUACAAGAAGUCGAUGCUCUCGCUCAAGCGCCAGAUGCAGAAGGCCAUGGCCUCGGCCCGCUAAGGGUUGUCUACUUCAUAGCUGUAUCGCUGUGCCUUCAUUGUACGCCUACGUCUUUGGACAUGCAUUCAG